AUGUCACCAAAAUUCCUGGACCAGUUAUCCAAGGGGAUUCCACUUGAACCGUUACCACCGCCAGGAACCCGUAAUCCCAACGUACCUCACGCCCCCGUCCGAAAAGUCCCACUCACACCCAACGAACAUGAAAUCGCCAUCAACAACGCCUUGCGCUAUUUCCCAAUCAAAUAUCAUGAACUCUUACGAGCCGAAUUCAAAGAAGAGUUGCAAAAUUAUGGACACAUCUACAUGUACCGGUUCACGCCACAAUUUUCGAUUAAAGCAUACCCAAUUGAAGACUAUCCAGCAAAAACACUAGAAGCGAGAGCAAUAAUGCUAAUGAUUUCAAACAAUUUGGAUGCAGCUGUGGCACAAUUUCCACAAGAAUUGGUCACGUAUGGAGGAAAUGGACAGACGCUGUCCAACUGGGCGCAGUUUUGGCUGGUUAUGAAAUAUCUUUGUGAGAUGGACGAGACCCAAGUUCUGGUCAUGUAUUCUGGCCAUCCUAUGGGGUUGUUCCCUGCAAGACCUGGUGGACCACGAGUGGUAAUCACUAAUGGGAUGAUGGUCCCCAACUAUUCAAACCCAGGAGAUUACGACAAAUAUUUUUCAAUGGGGGUCACCAUGUACGGACAAAUGACUGCUGGGUCAUAUUGCUACAUCGGCCCUCAAGGAAUUGUGCAUGGAACUACGAUUACACUUUUGAAUGCUGGGAGAAAGUACUUGAAUUCAAGUUCGCUUAAAGGAAAAGUUUACGUUACGUCAGGAUUAGGAGGCAUGUCUGGUGCACAAGCAAAGGCUGCAGUAAUAGCGGGAUGCGUGGGUGUAAUUGCGGAAGUCAGUUUGGCUGCCUUGAAGAAGCGUCAUGAACAAGGGUGGCUACAGGAAGUAGCCAAGGACUUGGACUCGCUGAUUGAGCGAAUCAAAGAAGCGAAAAUAAAUGGCGAAGUUACGAGCAUUGGCUAUCACGGAAAUAUUGUAGACCUUUGGGAACGGCUGGCACAGGAAUAUGAAAAAACUCAGCAGAAAUUAGUGGAUUUGGGAAGUGAUCAAACAUCCCUGCAUGACCCAUACAAUGGUGGCUAUUACCCAGUCUCGCUUACUUAUGAUGAGUCUCAAAAGUUAAUGGUUUCGGACCCACCAAAGUUCAAGUAUUAUGUUCAAUUGAGUCUUAGACGUCAGAUUGUAGCAAUCAACACGCUGGUGGAGAAAACGGGCAUGAAGUUUUGGGAUUAUGGGAAUGCUUUCCUCUUAGAAGCGAAGAGAGCUGGAGCACCAGUCGAACAUCCGGACGAUACUUCAAGAUUCAUUUACCCGUCUUACGUGGAGGAUAUCAUGGGGGACAUAUUUUCUUUAGGAUUUGGUCCUUUUCGUUGGGUAUGCUGUUCGGGCUUGCCAGAAGAUUUGGAAAAAACUGACCAGGCGGCCGCUGAUGUUUUUCUAGAACUUCUUCAAGAUAAAGAACUGGAUCCUGACGUGAACGUGCAGUACCAAGAAAAUCUUAAAUGGGUCCAGGAAGCUGGAAGGCAUAACUUGGUAGUAGGGUCGCAGGCCCGAAUUCUCUAUAAUGAUUGCGCAGGACGAAGUAAGCUGGCGACGAGAUUUAACGAACUUAUUAAAUCGGGAGAAUUGAAGGGGCCAGUGGUUCUGAGUCGAGAUCAUCAUGACGUAUCUGGAGCCGACAGUCCUUUCCGUGAGACGUCAAAUGUAACGGACGGGUCCAAGUUUACUGCUGAUAUGGCUGUCCAAAAUUUCAUUGGGGAUGGGAUUAGGGGAGCAACGUGGGUGGCAAUUCACAAUGGUGGAGGAGUCGGAUGGGGAGAGGUUAUGAACGGUGGUUUUGGUUUGGUUCUUAAUGGCGAAAAUUCCGCAACGGCUCAAAGCUUAUUACUGUGGGAUGUGAAUAAUGGAAUUGCAAGACGAGCAUGGGCUGGUAACAAAUUCGCUGUCAAAGCGAUACGCAAGGAAAUGGAGAGGACUCCAGGAUUAAAAGUUACUUUACCACCUUAACCUAAUGAACAAUAUGUCUUGAAUUACUUUCAUAGCAGAUGGCAAGUAAUUAUUGUCAUAAUCAUAAAUACCUAUAUUUUCCAUAUGUCAAUACUGUUAGUCAAAUAGUAAAUCACACUUGUUACACAGACAAAAAGCAAAAACUCAAAAAAUGUUCAAAUACAAAUGUAAAUUAAAUAAACUACCUGCAUUGCAUAUGAUUAAUUGUGACUAAAGAAAGAUUACAUUGCUAAAGGUUGAACGAAGUAAAUAUCAUAAUAAACAGAGUACAUAAUUUCUGGAUUAA